CAUCUGGAGAGGUCAGCUGGAGGAGACAAAGCUCCUCAGUCUCACUUUGAGGGACUAUGGCAGAGGAGGGAGGAGAACCAUGACUGACUGGACCUUCUGUGUUUGCAGCUUCACUCAGAGACUAAAUGGCUUCCAGAUCAGAGGAGGAUCUCUGCUGUCCGGUCUGUCAGGACGUCUUUAGGGAUCCGGUUCUUCUGUCAUGUAGCCACAGCUUCUGUAAGGAGUGUCUGAAGAACUGGUGGAGAGAGAAACCAGCACGAGAGUGUCCAGUUUGUAAGAGAAGAUCUUCUAAGGAUGAACCACCCUGUAACCUGGCUCUGAAGAACCUGUGUGAGACCUUCCUACAGCAGAGAGACCAGAGAGCUUCAGAGGAUCUCUGCAGUCUGCACUCUGAGAAACUCAAACUCUUCUGUCUGGACCAUCAGCAGCCAGUGUGUCACGUCUGCAGAGAUUCAGAGAAACACACCAAGCACAGAUUCAGACCCAUGGAUGAAGCUGCUGAGGAUAACAAGAAGAACCUUCAGGAAACUCUGGAACCUUUAAAGAAGAACCUGGAGCUCAGGAAGAAAGUUCUAGAGGAGUUUGAUCAGACAGCAGAACACAUGAAGGUCCAGGCCCGACACACAGAGAGGCUGAUUAAGGAGCAGUUUAAGAAGCUUCAUCAGUUUCUAGCAGAGGAAGAGGAGGCCAGGCUGGCUGCACUGAGGGAGGAAGAGGAGCAGAAGAGUGGGAUGAUGAAGGAGAAGAUGGAGGCUCUGAGCAGAGAGAUAGCAGCUCUUUCAGACACAGUCAGAGCCACAGAGGAGGAGCUGAGAGCUGAAGACGUCUCAUUCCUGCACAACUACAAGGCUGCAGUGGAAAGAGUCCAGCGCUGCCCCCUGCUGGAGGAUCCACAGCUGCCCUCAGGAGCUCUGAUAGACCAGGCCAAACAUCUGGGCAACCUGGCCUUCAACAUCUGGAGCAACAUGGAGAACAUGGUCUCCUACACUCCUCUCAUCCUGGACCCAAACACUGCUCAUCCAGAACUCCUCCUGUCUGAAGAUCUGACCAGUGUGAGAGCAGGAGUGAGACAGCGGCUUCCUGAUAAUCCAGAGAGGAUGGACAUAUGGUGGUCCGUCCUGGGUUCUCAGGGCUUUACGUCAGGGAACCACCGCUGGAGUGUCGACGUUAGAGACAGUGAAGUUUGGACGCUUGGUUUGUUAGCAGAGUCUGUCCAGAGGAGGAGAAACAUAAAGUCUGGGUUAUGGGGUCUGAUGCUGACAGAAGAUCAAUUAUCAGCAUGUCUACCAGGUUCAUCCACAGACCUCUCAGUCCAGAAGAAGCUCCAGAGGAUCAGAGUGAAUCUGGACUGGGACAGAGGAAAGCUGUCCUUCUCUGAUCUGGACACUAACUCACACAUACACACCUUCACACACACCUUCACUGACAAGAUGUUUCCAUACUUCUACACUCUGGAUAAAGUAAAAAUCCUACCGCUGAAGAUCUCAGUGAGAAAAAAGCAGCUCUGAUUGGUUGUUGCUGAAAAGAAGCAUCCUAAUCUGUUCCUACGGCUUAUCUGCAGGUUAUUAGAUCCGUGUCUGAUCGAGAUAAAAACCCGUUCUGGUUUUAACGGUCAACAUUAAUACACUUCCUGACAGAAAGUAGCAUUUUAAAAUGAUGAUCAGGCUGUCAGAAGUUACCGCUUUAUUAAAAACUGUUUCUGACUCUCCAUAGAACAGAGCAUCUAUGAAAUGUUGCUGCAGACAAGCAAAGGAGCAGGAAUAGUAACACAGAGCUACUCCGUUUAAAUGUAGAUUUAUUUACAGCUUUAAUCUUUAACGAGUGGAAAUUUGGUCCAAAGUUUCACUGCAGCAACUGAAACGCAACUUCCUGCAAACCUUCACAAUAAGAGCCUUAGGCUAAUCAGAAGAGUGUAAAUGCUUAAGCUGCAGCUUAUAAUCAUUUCAUAGAAGGCAGUUAUUUCUGUAAGUUUGUAAAACUGAUUUAUAAAAACGGUGUAACAAGAAUUUGUGCAUAUUUUCAAACCAUUUCAAUAAAAUCCUGAUUAUGUUCAUAAGAGAUGGUGUGCUUCUGAUAAGCUCUAUAGAAAAUGUUCUUCUCCUUAAAUC